GAAGUCACCUUCCUUGGAGCAAGACACCAUGACCAGCCAGUCUCAGGGGAUCCAACAGCUCCUGCAGGCAGAGAAAAGGGCCAAGGACAAGCUAGAUGAGGCAAAGAAAAGAAAAGGAAAGCGACUGAGGCAAGCUAAGGAAGAAGCUGUGGCGGAGACGGACCAGUACAGAAUGCAGAUGGAGAAGGACUUCCGCCUGAAGCAGGCUAAGAUAAUGGGCUCUCAGAGCCACCUCUCGGAUGAAAUAGAAGAGCAGACACUAGAGAAGAUCAAAGAAUUGAACGGAAGCUACAACAAGUGUAUGGAAAGCGUGAUUAAGCAGCUAUUGAGCAUGGUGUGCGACAUGAAACCAGAAGUCCAUGUGAACUACAGAGCCACCAACUGAAUGUGCUCCACACAUCCAAGUCCAUAGGCAUAGAGUGGGAUACACAUUCUGUUGAUAUUAAAGGUCUGCAACUGUGCACCUGAUGUUUACUAUAAACUUUCAUGUCACAUAUUUAAUAUAGGUCACAGAAUUAAAAAAUAAGUAACAUGGUGUCAUUUCUCCUGGAUGGCGUUUAGUAUGAAGCAAGUUAAGGAAAGCGAGAAACUUGAAUUUUAACACUUAAACAGCAAACAAUCACUCCAGUAUAUUUUCACAUUUCUUUUUAUUGGCUUAGAAGGUGCUUUAUUAGGUAUUCUUCCUAUUCAAUAGUUUUUAAGAGGAGAAUAUAAUUUUGUUCCUUAGACACCUCUGAAAUGAAUAUGCAAAUACUUUAAUUUAUUAAUUAGCAAGAAAACCAUAAUAUUUCAUUGGCAGUUCAAAAAGCAUUUCUAAACUGUCUGUGAGAACAGAGACAGAAACAAAUGAUGUUAGAAGUCACCUUAGAAGAAAUGGGUCCCAUCACAGUUAUCCCUGCCUAACUUCAAGUUACAUAAAUAAUGUUACUCUGUUUUAAGGACAUUUUUGAAAGAAAAGGUGGUCAUCUGAGAGAGUAGAUAUCUGGAUAAAUUCUGUAGUUUGUAAAGAAGUGAACCUCCAACAAAAAUAAUUAGUAUGCGCUACCCUGCUCUCCUUAUUAAAUGAGCUACAUUCUGAGAGCUCGUGUACAUUGUUAGUUCAAUGUAUAAAUUAUCUUAGGCCUUGUGUGGAGAAACAGACAUCUAGUAGAGCUGGUCCCUUGCUUCCCUGUGAGGAAUGUCCACUUUAACUCAGAUGUGGAGAGCCCACUUAUGGAAGAUGGGAAAUGGAACGGAAGCUAGAUAGAGUGAUGAGAGCUGCCAUUUGAAAAGUUCCCUGCUCAUAAUGGUCAUUAGAGCCUCAGAACUUGACCUGGAGUUGCCUGGGAAACAGUGUCAGCUCUAGCUUUCCUCUGGCAGUGUGACAUCAGUGUCUAGACCUUUCACUUACUCACAAGUUCCCUCCCAGGAAGCUUUCUAAAUACCCACUGCUGAGCACUAGCAGUAUUGUUGACCUUGGUGGGGGUUUUGUCUGUUUGUGUUUUUGUUUUGAGUCAAGUUCUCACUGUCCUAGGAUUCAUCCUAUAGCUCAGGCUUCAAACUCACUGGGAUCCGCCUGCUCUGCCUCCUUAGUGCUGGGAUUAAAGGCAUGUGCCACUAUACCUCUUCCCAGUGUUAGAUUUUCAAGCACUACAUGUAGAAAAAUUUUAAUUCCCAAACUUCAUAAACAUUGUUAUCAUUUUUAUAGUUUAGAAUCUCAGAAAUAGUCAAUUUUAUAUUUGAAACAGAUGAGAAAAUUGGAAUUCCAUUUGAUUCCUUACUUUCCCAACUUUAUGAAUAAGGAAAACUUAUUAAGUUAGUUUCUGGGCUUUAGGUGAUCUUUUUCUUCCAUUACAAGAAAAAAUAGUUUAUUCCUUAAUAAACAGAAAAGCCCAAAACAUUCCAAAG